AACGCCUGUAACUAUGAAGACUGAAAAGUUAUUUAAUUUAUAAAUAUGUAUGACAUGUUCUGUACUACAGUGAUGUUUCAGAAACACCCUGUAUGGGGGUGAGUGGUAGGUUUGCUGCGGCCUACUAUGGGUGUACUCAGCUACCUCAAGGCUUUGGUCAGGUCGAUCUGGCAAGCACUGUUGCUGAACUCCGUAGGGAAGAGCCUAUAAGAACCAGUAUUGAAAUUACAAGCGGAAAACUAAUUAUCUACAGGGAGGAUGGUCUGGAGAUAUUCAAACAUUCAGUUCAUUACAUCACAAGCAUCAACACCGUCUCAAGGGAGAAAUCUUUACUGGCCUACAUAACUAAAUCUGUGACUGCUCUGGGAGUGAAGGAGUACACACAGUAUGUUUUCAGACUGGAGUGCUCGGAAAAGGUUUCCGAGUUGUUUACUGCAGUUAGAGAUGAAAAGAAAUCAACUGUUCCCCAAAUCUUGAAUAAAAGUUUACAUAAUGUCUCCGGAUCUACAAGCCUAUGUGGAGAUUCUCCCCCUAAUCUGUCAACUUUUUACGAAGUGCUGUUCUUAGGGAAGAUUAAGGUAAGUCAUAGGCGCGCUCCUCCAACCUUUAUUGAUGAAGCAGUUAAAAAAAUCAGCAAUAAGACUAGGAAACAAGAUUCUCAGGAUACAAACCUAGAACAGGAAAAUAUUCCAGUAGAAUCAGCUGCUCAUCCAUUAUCUAAAAAUCUGCCCGCCAGACCCUCUCUCUGUGAUGUAAUCCAAGCUGUGACUCCUAAACCUGAGGAAAAACCAGAGGAACAACCGAGUAAAAUUAUGCUUAUGCAGAUUGGAAGAAACGAUAUCAGAUUAAUAUCCCCAGAUACUAAACAGGUUCUGGUACACAAAACUUUCAGAGAGAUUUCCCACUGCAGUUGCGGACAAGAAUAUAAUCUGAACUUUGGUUUCAUUUGCAAGGAAGAGAGAGGGGAAAGUGCAGGAUAUGUAGGAUACAUAUUCCAAUGUGACAGCACAAAUGUUGUCGAGGAUAUUAUGCAGGGUCUUAAAUCAGCGUUCUAUACUGCCCAUGAAACAGCCAGGAAGGAAAGGAUGGAACAACAAUGUCCUAGCUGUCCUAUGAUCUGGUUUAAUCAGCUCUGUAAUAUAUUAUUGUAUAGGAAGGAAAGGAUGGAACAGCAAUGUCCUAGCUGUCCUAUGAUCUGGUUUAACCAGCUAUGUAAUGAGCUUGAAGGUCUACCUGCAAACAAAGCUCAGUCGGCAUUACUCAGGAAGGUUGAGAGCUUGGGAGAAGUAGGAUCCGGGAUACUAGCAAAGAUGGAGGGAGCGGAAACUACAGAUAUAGAUGAACAGAAUCAAAUACUCAUGAUGCUUCUUAAAGCUAAUUGCGAGGUUAAGCAGGGAGUACAUGAACAUAUACCUGGGAGUAUAUUCAGUAUAUCCAGAGAGAGGACUCCACCCCCUCAACCCCAGGAAAGCGUGUUGGCGGAAGCUGCAAAGAAAGCUAAACGGUCUCUAGCGGACAGUUUUAACAUUAUCCGGCGCAGAGCAUCCGUUGAUGUCUCUGGAGAAUCCAGCGCAGUCCCGAAUAUCAGCGUGGAGCGUCCAACUCCGGUUAAAGCUACACCAAGCAAGGCAGCGCAUCCUUUCUCAGUAACCUUAGCAGAAAGAAUGCUCCGUGAUAAAUCGAUGUCCCCAGACCUCUCCCAUCUACCCCCCAGGUCCCCCCUGCAGCCCCUCACCCCUGAUAAGCACGUAGCAUUUCAAUGUGAACUUCCAAACUCAGGUAUAUGUUUAGUGUGAGAAUUCAUGUAAUAAACAUUUACUACAUACAUCAGUU